AUGAUCUCCUCCUGCGGCGGCGAUCCUUUUUUCAGAAUUUUCGCCGAGGCUCCGCCCCCUAACGUCUUCAUUUCAAUGGAUUCACCAGUUUUGAAUAUGAUUCCAGCUGGUGACGUCGUUAGGGAUUCUGAUGACGGCGUCACGGAUUCUGGAGUCAUUUCGGCGAUUGGAGAGACGACGUCGAUGUCGAAUGAGCAUUUUGAGGCGAACGAUGAUUGCAGUUUCAGUCGUUUUUUGUUGAUGAAUGAGCCUCUGAAAAAAAGUGGGCGUGGCUUAGAAGGAAAUGGGCGGAGUUUAUAUAAGAAAAUCGAAAAAUUUUGA